CGGGCACUUGGGCAGCCAAGUACGGCGGGUAGUGGGGAGAGCUCAAGGGCCGGCGAGGCACCUUGGAACGACCUUCAGGACGGACGCAGAGACUCUUGAGGGGGUUGAAAAGGUGCGAGAUGUCAACGGCAAGGGUCAAAUGAGGUUAAGAGUCGACUUCGGGAGCUAGGCGGAAAGACCGCCUAAUGGUCCUUUCCUCGUAACUACGUUUACAGUCAAGCAGAGAGUGGCCAAUCAAAACUCGCGACCUCCGCCCCAUCAUUUGCCUGAAAAUGGUUCGCACGACGACACACAGAAUAAUUCUUCGCGCCUAAGCCUAUGGGAGCAGCAAACGACUGGACAGAGCUACAACAUGGCCCUGAAACUGACGUCCUGUCCAGCGUACUUGGCACCAGUCAUAUACCUAAGCUAUACGCCAUAUGCCCAACAACAAUAUCUCUACAAGCGCCAACUAGCACCUCAAGAUACUGUCUGGUCUGCUGCGCCUCAGCAACAUCCCUUAACCCCCGCUCCGAAUACAGCAACUUCUGCUCAGACUUCCCAGGCUUCUCCACAAUCCUAUCACAACCAUCUGAACUAUAGUCCCCUUGUUCCACACCAAACAGGAAUAGCAGAAACUACAUCACUUUCGUCCACUUCUUUCUUCAACGAGAUUAUGUCGUUGAAUAAGAAGAAGACACCGGUCGCUGCUUCACGGAUCAUGCCUUGUGCUUUUUGGUCCCAGAUGUUGGUAGGGAGAGCGAGGUCCAGCUAUAACCUUCAGAGGAGUAAAAUAAAUAUACAUAUUUUUGAACAUUACUCACGACUGCGAAAGCAUGUGGACUUGUACCGCCGCCCCACUGCAGGGGCUACUUCUUACUCUUAGGAAAUUCUUGCAGGAUAAGGUCGACAACAUAUAUGCAC